UUAGCAACAAUGGGUUGUGAAAGUGAAGAAGCAUUUGAAUGUGCUUCCAAGCAUUUAGAAUGGAUGUUGCAAGAUUUGAAAAAGAUUUUGAAAGCAAAAGAAAAUGAAAAAGAACCCUCAUCACAUGUUGAAAGCCUGAGUAAUGAAAAAGGCGUUCAAGCUUAUCGGGUAAAAUUCGAAGAUGGUGAUGUGCAGCAAAGAAGUGAAAUCAUUAAAAUUAAAAAAGAAGCUCAUGAGAAAGCAAUGGAAAGUUAUUAUAUCAAAAGAAAAAGCGCUGAAAUCAUUGAAGUAAGAGAAAAAGCUCAUGAAAUUAAAAGAAAAGAGAAUUGUCGUGGUAGACGUAGAAUUAAGAAUAGCUUGGAGAGAGGAAAAUCGAAGAGAUGUCGACAGAAAGAGCAGAGAGAUACACCAAAUCCAGUCCAUCCCAAUCAACAGCCCACAUUAGUACGCUCUAAUGUUCAAUCUCCAUUUGCUCAGGGAUACAAUAAUGUCGGGCCUCUCCCCAUGACCACGUACUAUAUACCGGAAGCACAGAUUCAACCGCAACUCUCUCCUUCUUGGUGUCAACCACAGCUGUUUCCUUCCAUGGAUCAACCACAUCCAUAUAUCCAGCAUGAAGUUGAUUCAAAUUUUCAUAUGCUUGAUAAUUUCAACUUUACACAAUUACUCCAGUAUCCUGUUACAUCUGGUGCAUUCCAACAGUUCAUGGUAAGAGGCAGUAAUUCAAAAUUUGGAACAGAGGAACAACGACCUUUAUCGAAAUAGAAUAUGGCAUUGCUUUGAAUUAGGAAUGGUGUGUUGUUAUUAAUGGGAUCUUCAUGAGGGUGAACUUCAUUUUGAAUUAUAUGCUACGGGAGGGCAAUUCAGUUAUGGAUAGGCUUAUGCAAAUAAGAAGUUCAAGCAACAACUCCUUCGUUAUAUGCUGCAGGAGGGUAAUUCAGUUGUGCCAAGGAUAAUUGUUCAAGUCGAAGGAUGCCCAGAUUUUGGCAUGUUUUAAGAAUUCAAAAUUGCUAUAUUUUUUUUAAUUCUUUUUUGGUUUAUAACAAAUGUAUAUUUUGUAUAAUAUACAUGCCUUAUACGAUAGGUGGGGUCUUUUUUUUUUGUGGGGCCUAUCCUAGUUCAUGUACAUUUUGUGCAGCUAUAGGUCUAUUAUACGAUACGCGAGGAAGGUGAACUCCAUUUUUAUUUUUUUAAUUUUUUUGUGAGGCCUACUUGAAUUAAUGUACAUUUUGUGUUGUUUAAAUGCAUUAUACGAUAUGUGAGGCAUGUUUCUUUUUUGUGGGUCUUCAAGAAUUCAUGUACAGUAAUUUUGAAAAAUGAUGAAAUUACAUAUUGAAAUUCUACUUAUGGAUGUAAUGAAAUGCUGUUUACA